AUGACUAUUUCUGCUUCUGUGUUCAAGUUGCAAACCGUGUGCUCUUUUAAUUUCAACCUAAAACUGUUAAAGUUAUAUUAUAUAAGUGCAUACUUAAUUAUAAGCGCGUAUGCUGAUCAUAAAGUGACACAUUGGAAUUAUGAAUACCAUGGCACAAAUUGGGGCGGCACUUGUCAAUCGGGUGUCCAGCAAUCUCCUAUACAAUUGGCCUAUGACAAAGCGUACACAGUUCCCUUACCGCGAAUUGUAUUUAAAAAUUAUGAUGUAAGGCUAAAAGAACCAUUGAUAUUGGAAAACAAUGGGCAUUCAGUUCAUAUGGACAUACCAGAGACACAGAAUGGUAAUAAACCCUACAUUAUGGGAGGCUUACUUAAAGGACGCUAUCAGGCAGAGGGUUUUCACUUCCAUUGGGGAUCCCCGAAGUCACGCGGAUCUGAACAUUCAAUCAGUGAGAGGCGAUUCGAUGUUGAAAUGCAUAUUGUACAUCGAAAUGUUCGUUACGAUGAUUUGAAAGAGGCUGUCAAACAUGACGAUGGUAUUGCUGUCUUGGGAAUAAUGUUUAAAAUUGUCAGGAAUCCCGAUCGCAUUUAUCCUGGACUCAAUAAGGUCUUUGCUGAAAUGUCAAAUGUCGUUAAGUACAAAUCCGAAUCAGAAAUUUCUGGCUCCAUAAGCGUUGGUCAAUUAUUGGGUGAUUUGGAUACACGUAACUUCUUCACCUACAAGGGAUCACUGACCACUCCAGAUUGCAAUGAGGCUGUUACAUGGACGGUGUUUUCUCAAGUUUUGCCCAUACCUUUUGGUCAUGUGGCAAAAUUAUGGCGCAUCCGAGACUCUAGUGGUCAUAGCUUAAUUAACAAUUAUCGUUCGACACAACCACUAAAUGGACGUAGUGUUUUCUAUCGAACCACCAUUGAUGGUACAAUGGGCAAGUGAACAAAGCUAAAGCCAAAUAUAAUAAUUAAAAUAAUUAUAUUUAUUUUAAAUUUU